AUCAAUGAAUCCAUGAAGCCACUCAACUGCCCUGAACUGCUAUCCCUUUAUGACUCUUACUCCACCAAGGCUUACCUAAUGAAGGAAGGAAACCUAAGCAAAGGAGCAGUCCAGUUCAUCGAGGACUUGAUGAAUGAGGAUGCCGGAUUAUAUGACUCCCUCCUGGAGACGCUGAGGAGUUUUAGCAUCUUCUACUCCAAAAGCACAGAAUUUACAGAGAUCACUGGUGGCUUUGACCAACUCCCUAAUGGCCUCAGUGCCAUCCUGAAGCCAGGCACCAUCCAUCUGGGGUCCAAAGUAGAAAGAGUGGUGAGAAAUGGAACAAAGGUUGAGGUUUCCUACCGCACAGCUGGGCCCACGUCUUCACUGCAGAACCUCACAGCAGACUAUGCCAUCAUCUCUGCCUCAGCCAAGGCCACACGCCUCAUCACCUUCCAGCCACCCCUGUCCCCAAACAAAACGCAUGCCCUGGGCUUGUUGCAUUACUCCAGUGCCACCAAGGUGGCAUUAGUGUGCAACGAACGUUUCUGGGAAAAGGAGGGCAUACGAGGUGGGAGCUCCAUCACGGACCGGCCCUCCCGCUUCAUCUACUAUCCCAGCCACAGCCUGCCAGGUGGCAAGGGCAUGCUGCUGGCCUCUUACACUCUGGGUGAUGAUUCCCUGUUCUUUACCUCCAUGAAGGAUGACCAGGUGGUGGAUAUCAUCCUGGAUGACCUGGCCGCAGUGCACCAGCAAUCCAAGGAGGAGCUAAAGCGCAUGUGCCCUGAGUCAGUGCGCAAGCAAUGGUCCCUGGACCCCCUCACCCUUGGCGCUUUUGCUGAGUUCACACCCUACCAAUAUGUGGACUAUUCGAAGCAGCUCUCCCAGCCAGAGGGCCACAUCUACUUUGCUGGGGAGCACACAAACCUACCUCAUGGCUGGAUAGACACUGCCAUCAAGUCUGGCAUCUGGGCUGCCAAGAACAUUCAAGAUGCAGUGGAUAAGGAGGCCCCUCAGGGACAGAUGGCUCUGUAG